CUCACACACUUUCUUACAUGCACACAAAUACACACGCAUACUCGUUUUGUAUGGGGUGCAUGCAAGACUACACCUACUGUACAGAGUCCUGUUGGAGCCAAACCACAGGGGGGGCGGGGCUGGAAUAGAGCCAGAGGGCCCCACAUGUGAAGCGAGAUGUGGAGGCAGACUGUCGUACCCCAGCCCCACCACCACCACCACCACCACCACCACCAACCCCUCGUACCCAGUCCAAUGCAUGCGGGAUCUUCCCGGUCAGCUCUGUGAGCCGUGCCGAGGCAGAAACCCCUAGAUGGCGUUGUGUUAUAGCUCGAUAUUGCAUGCUGAAAUAGUGCAACACACUGUCCUUACUAGCUUUUUUUGCAUGAGGAUAUUGCUAUCCAUUCAGAAAAAAGGGGGCGAGGGAGCUGGUUAAGUUGUGUAACUUUGGUCGUCCGUUUGGUCGCUCACUCGAGGCUUGCGACCUUAUACUCACCUGGCACUGUCAUACCUUGAGCGCCAUGCUCAUGGGAGCAAGGCGUGGGAAAUACAGGUGCUCCAGUCACUUAGUUUUAGCUCCAGGAAUGACACGCGAAUGCAAUAGUUUGUUUUUACUUUAUGACAGUGUAACGGCGAGUGUCUCGGCAGCAUGUUUCUAAGGUGUUGUUACUUUCACAUGUGCGUGUCUGCCUAUCUUAGUAAUAGGUCGGUGGUCAUGGUUCGUCGCUCAUGAAUCGGUGAUGAAUCAAUAGGGCUGUUUUGAUUUCGUGAAAUGUGAGAGCACAUGUUCGUGUACCAUGUGUGCGGUCCCGUUUGUCUCUUUGUAUAUAAAUGUAUAUGUAUGUCCGUCCUGUUGUGUGUAUAAAUAUAUAUUUUGCACCGAAUGUACCAAAGGUUUGGGGCUUGCAAAGUCAACCAUUAGGCCUGCUCUCUAUCUCUGUCUAACAAAAACACAUCCCACUUCUGGCUCCCGCCUAAUCCUUACAGACCAUCACCUCAUCAGAUUUGUGGCAUGGGCAACAACGCUUCACGUGAUGGGAUGUACGUUCACCCGGUUCCAUAAUGAGGCUUUUCUGCUGCAGAAGACUGGUAAGACUGAUCACCUGCUUCACAUCCAGAUGAAGGCACUUGCACCUCUUGUCUCUCCGAGUACAUUUCUGACAGGACACGUCUCCGGUUUUCAAAAUUCCACUCUAUGCAAAGCUCCUGUUUGUGUGUGUCUCCAUUUCACCCCGAUGAUUGUAAUAAAAGAGAACAAAUGGCAAAUUUUGAUUAAUGAUACAUGACUCUUAUUUAUCUUUUACAAGAGUUUUGUACCAAUUGAAUGAGUGAAAUUACUAAAUGUAUUAUCUUUAAAGUACAUUAUAAUGGUGAACCUAAAUAUAAUCAUUUUUAAGACAAUAUGGGGACAAAUACCAAAUGAUAUCCCUAUACAUAACAUUAGUAUUAGUCUUUAUGGGUUAGAUAUGAGGCUCCUAGUGCCCUGCAGAUGCUUUGCCAGAUGUAAAAAAUGUACAUGCCCAGUGGACAGAUGGAGCCCAAGUGGGAGUAAAUGAUUACAGUUCACACACAUCAACUGUAUUCACGUUUCAAAUCAACUCGACCUCCCUUUUUUCAAACGCAACAGUACUGCGCAUGCGCCAAGCCGUGACGUGUCGACAAAGUGUCAAACAGAAGGAUGUAAAAAAAGAAAAUGAUCGAAAACUCUCUAGAUAAACUUACUAAGCUAUUUCAUAGUGGCCCACUGCGGUAGUUUGGAUAAGCGGACCACUGGAACCAGCCGUAGGUAGACGUUUUAAAGACUAACCGCUCCUCUUCAGCUGAAAUUUGGGAAAUCGGUUUAACUCGCUUCUGAACCCGCGACAUUGACCAUCGAGCUAACUUAGUUAGCGACAGUUAAGCUAACCGGAGUCGGUAACGUUAACCGUAAACUAAACAGUAGCACGGUAACCGGCUUGGUUAACAUUAACAUGUAACUAACGUGAAGCCGGCAGUGUAAACGUUAGACAGACACUUGGGUUAGUUUCGUCGUUCGUCUCUCAUAUUACUCGGCGUUCAGCAGUAGUACCAGCUGGGUAGCUGGCAGCGGGACCGAUACCAGUAAGUUACCCACGGGAGAGGAAGAUGUCUCGGAGGCGGCUGGACAGUCGCAGCGGGCUCGCUGCGGGGCUGCUCGGGGAAAGUCAGACCCCAAUCAGCACGGAGCCGAUGGAGAGCGUGUACGAUAUCACCGGAGAGCUCGGGAGGGGGAAGUUUGCCGUGGUCCGGCGCUGCGUGGAGAAGGCCACGGGGAAAGUGUUCGCCGCCAAGUUCCUGCGGAAGAGGAGGCGAGGUCGCGACUGCCGGGCAGAGGUCAUUCACGAGAUGGCCAUCCUGGAGACGGCCCGCAACAACUCCCGAGUGGUCAACCUGCACACUGCGUACGAGACGGAUCACGACAUCGUCCUGCUGCUGGAGUAUGCGGCCGGUGGAGAGAUAUUUGACCACUGCAUGUCUGAGGAGCUGCUGCCGGAGGCCCAGAUCACCCGUCUGAUCAGGCAAACACUGGAGGGAGUCCACCACCUCCACCAGAGCAACCUGGUGCACCUGGACCUCAAGCCGCAGAACAUCCUCCUGACCAGCCUGUCUCCUCCAGGAGACAUAAAGAUCGUAGACUUCGGCCUGGCACGCAGACUGGGCGCGGUCGGAGAGCUCCGAGAGAUACUUGGCACACCUGAGUAUGUGGCGCCUGAGAUCCUGAAUUAUGAGCCAAUCACGACAGCGACUGACCUGUGGAGUGUGGGUGUCAUAGCCUACAUGCUGGUGACGGGCGAGUCUCCGUUCGCCGGGGACGACAAGCAGGAGACGUAUCUGAACGUGUCCCAGGUCAACGUGGACUACAGCAGGGAGGCCUUCUCCAGGGUGUCUGAGCUGGCCGUGGACUUUGUCCGCAAGCUGCUGGUCAAAACACCAGAGGACCGGCCCAGCGCUGCAGAGUGCAUGAGUCACCCCUGGCUGUGGCAGCUCUGUCUGAGCCCCGAGCCGGCCCGCACCGUCCGCGAAAGGAGCUGCGGCACCAAGUGGACAGCCCCACCCGAGGACCCCGAAGACAAGGAGAACUUCCUGGAGUCGCCCCACUCUCAUGCAAAAAAGUUCCGCUUCGACGAGGAAAGGCCCGCCGCUGGAGACGGCGACUUUUGAAAAAUUAAUAAAUAAGCAAAACAAAAACUGGGAGGAAUCGAAGUUGGGGGGGGGGGGGGGGGCCCCGCUUCUCCCAUGUCAGCUUUUAAAUUAUUUUAAAGCCUCCAGAAAACCAGCUGUCGCCACUCAAAAGUAUAUGUAUCUCACUAAUUUGCUAAAUUCCAAGAUGGACCACUCAGACCAAAGAUAACCAGCUAAAUUGUGAGACCUGUCACUGAUCCAUCGCUGUUAGAAAAAGGAAGUGUGAAAAUUGUACAGUAUGUCUCAAUUAAUGCAGUGUGUUUAACCUGAAGUAUUUAAUUCCUUUCAUUGUUGAAAUCUCUGGUAGUUUCAAAGUGCUGCAUCAGCUCCACUCUGUUCUUCCUGUACUGAAGAACUAUCUUCUGAAAAUCUAUCUUUUUCAAGUUCACAGCGCUCUGCCUUAAGUCUUAGUGUGACAUCGAGAUCGGCACCUCUGCAGUGAGGAAGUGUGACGACGUCCUGGUUUGCAUGUUGAAGAGAAUCAGAGACAGCUGCACAGCAUCACGGUAACCCUUUUCACUCCGAUGUUUGGGUCAUUCCGUCACUAGUUCAGUGAAAGUGGAUAAAACGAGCUGCUGUCUUUAUGUCAUAGCUCCGUCUCUCUGUAUUUCACAUCCAAGCUGACUUAGACGAGCAGCAGAGGGGCUGAACUACACACAAGCACAUUACUUCUCACUGACGUGUUUUAUAUGUCUGCAAUAAUUCAGAUUUAGCUCAGGGUUUUAGAUAGAACUCAGUUUUAAUAGGUCCGACCUUAGCAUAGUCCCCUUCUGAAGAAAGCCCCCCACAUGUACAGACAUUGACAAAACACGGUUUCACACCGGCAGCACAUCCUCAUGGCAUCCUUCUGCAGUGAGAUAGAAACUUAAAAACUGGACCGGCUGAGAAAGAAAGCAGCAAGAAGAACCCUGUGAUUCCCGCAGUCGUUCAUAUGCUACACCCGCACUUACUCUAUGAUUUCCUCAGCGAGCUGCAGGUUCCUCUUUGUUAGCCGGAAGAAGAGAA